GAGAAGCCCUCUUGCAGGGUUUCCAUUGGCUCCGCCCUUUCUCCGCCGUUCCUUCCGGCUCCUUUCUCUGGGUUGCCUAUGGGCGAAUGUGAGACUUUUUGCACACAUUCGCAGUUUGCUGCGGCGCUUCCCUUCCCCCCUCCACUUUUAUUGUUUUUUUAAAUAGAAAAUAUUCAUUGAUGUCAUCGGGUGUAGAGGGAGGGAGAGGAACGAACCUCUAAUUUUCAUGCUGCAUGGGGGGAAAGUGAACGAGGGCGGUGGGCUUCUCUGUUUCUAUUUUAUUUUUAAAGUCUUAUUCUUUAAAGUGCUGGCUUCCAGUUCAAAGUUCACAAAACAUCGCUUACCCCUCCUCCCCCUAAAAAGUGCAGUAGGUUUUUCUCUUUUUUUAAAAUGCAAGAUGGCGGACUUGCACUGAAGAAGCAGAAAUGCAGAGGUCUCUAAAAGCUGCUUGCAAAAUAUUGCAAGGUAGGGAUUUGUUCGUUCUUUAAUAAUCUUCCGGGUGAGUGUUGCGGGAUGGCGAGAGGGGUGAGGGUGGGGGUGGCUGUCCCUACAGGCGUGAAAUGGCCAGCAGACUUUAAAAAGAAAUAAAUGAUGGGCUAAGUUACAAAAGCGUUUUCUUCUUCCAUCCAGCAGUCCCACAGUCAUCGCCUUCGAAGCUAGCACAUAAGAGAUGCAAGCUGGCCUCUCCUGUCCCUCAGAUCUUAAAAAAACACUCUCUUGGAGUCGUGGGGCGAUGAAAUGAGAAACCCUGUUUUCUGCUUGGUGGCCCUCUAUGUUAUUUUAAUUUUUGUGUGUGGCACUGUGUGAGAAAACGAGGGUUGCUCUAAUUAGGAGGAUAAAUCAUUUGGGGAAAUGUAACUAGAAAUAAUAAUAAAAGAAAACCACAUUGAAGUGAUGGCUCUCAUCGCAAAUGGAAAAUAAAUAUUAUUGUUGGUGGCAAUCUUUCAAUAUUUGUUGUGGCUUUCUGGUCAAUACUCCUGGCCUCUAUUGUUUGAGGGGUGCAUGUGGUGUUUUGGCUGUAUAGUUCUUCUGAAGGAGUUAGGAAACUGGGUAGCAGAGAGGUGAAGGUGGUAGUCAAAAUUUGGGCCCUGUGGUGAAAAAGAGAGAGCUUCUUAACUUAAAAAACAAAACAAAACAAAACCCCCAAAUCCUGUAAUGAUCCUUGGCAGUUCCAUUUCUCUCUGCAUUUGCCCUGAAAAAACACAGGGUGCAAUUAUUUUAUCUAGCACAGAUUGUACAGAUAACCGUGUGCGUGUGUAUAUUUUAGGUUGGGAGUAAGGGAGCUUUUUGUGUUUUUUACUUGCCCCUUACAACAUACAUUGAGGAGGGAGUGGCUCAUGGAGGGGGGAGCAUAGCUGUAUGUGUGUGUUCACCAACAGGCUACGGGGGAAAUUAAACCAGCCAAAUUAAAUGUGUCACAUUUGUGCUGCACCAUUCCUCCGGGGUGGAAUCUGGGGCGAUCUUGCAACAACCCCCUUGAGGGUGAGGUAAGCCUGGCUUGCUCAAGCGUAUUCAGCUUUAUGGGUAAGUAAGCAAGGAUUUGAACCUCUAAAUCUGACCUCCCAGCAUCUAGCCACUGUACGAAAGUGUACAGGAAUCGUAGGAUUUAGAGGCCCAGUUUGCAUGAACAAGUUACCCUCUUUGGUUAACUACUUGGAGGUUUGUGGAAUUGUGUGCAAGCCUGCAGAGCUCUCUUUCCUUUUGACUUGAAUUAAAUCUACACUACAGCACCAUUUGCACGGCGAGCACAUGAACAUUUUUAUUUUUCAGGCUGCCUAAUAUCUCUGCCCUUGUCGUUGUGCUAGAUGGUGAUGCUCCUCCUCCUGCCCCCAAGAACAGAUGGAUGUAGCGCUGGAGUCUCUAAGGAGACUUAAAAUAAGUUUAUAAUUGCAGACAAUCCCCUAGGCUUCCGAAAGAACACCUGAACUCAGCAAUAAGCGCUUUGCUGCUAGGGCUGGUUUAGCUUUUGGGGUUCCUUAGCUGCCUGCCCAGUCAGCUAAAACCUUUUAUCAUCUCUCGCCUUGAUUUUUUUCCUCUUCCCUUGUUGUGCGUUUGCCACUUCUUCCCAGAACUCUGUUGUCAGAUUCUCUUGCCUAACCCUCUCCGGACACCCCAUUCUGCCUUCCUGUCCCCUUCUUCAAGCAACACAGGAACCCCCUUAAAAAAACACAACAACAUAGGAGUCAGACCCAUUGGUCCAUCUGACUCUUGUUUACUCCAAGGUUACAUUGAGGCCAUACAAUUCAAAGCACUAUGGUAUCAUUUUAAAUAGUCAGGGCUUCCCCCCCAAGAAUUCUGGGAGCUGUAGUUAUGGGUGCUGAGAAUUGUUAGGAGACCCCUGUUCCCCCACCACCACAAAGCUACAGGUCCCAGAGUGUAAGAGUCUCCACAGGGAAUCUUAGGAAUUGUGGAUGCUUCUAAAGGGAGGUGUUAAAAAUGAGCACAUUCAAUGUACCCAAUAGCCUCAAAUCACUGGGCAUCCUUAAUCACUGUUUGAAUGAAAUGCUCUACUUUGCUUUGAUAUAAGUGGGUAGGCUCUAGAUCAGGGAUGGAGAACCUUUGGCCUUGCAGAUGUUUGUGGACUAUCUCUCCCAGCAUCCCUGACCAUUGGCUAUACUUGCUGGAGCAGCUGGGUGUUGUGGUUCAAUGACAUCUGAAGGGCCACAGGUUUCCCCUGUAUAGAGGAAGGAACACAGAUUGAAUAUUGGGCUUUGCUUGACCUCUGGGGCUACGCUGGACAUUUGCCAUGGAACUUGAUGGGAAAAGCACCCACCCACCCCACCUCCCCUAAUGGGUCUCUCAGAUUUCAACCAACCAUUGUGUUGUCAGAUGCAUCCAGUGCAAUAAAACAGAGGUAGGUAGCCGUGUUGGUCCGACACAGUCGAAAUAUAUAUAAAAAAUUGUCCAGUAGCACCUUAGAGACCAACUAAGUCUGUUCUUGGUAAAAGCUUUCGUGUGCAUCUGAAGAAGUGUGAAUCUGAAGAAGUGUGCAUGCACACAAAAGCUUAUACCAAGAACAAACUUAGUUGGUCUCUAAGGUGCUACUGGACAAUUAUUUUAUUAUUUUUUAAUAUAUAAAACAGAGUGCGAGCUUUGCAGUCUGGUAUCUCUAAAGUGGUACAGUGAAAUUAUCUAACCUGCAGGUCCUGAUUAGAUGAACUUAUGACAAUGGUUCCCAAUUGAUGGUGCGGACCCUAAGGAUUUAUUUUUUUUAGAUUUUAGUCUUUAAAAUAUCAAGUGGCAUAGAAAUGAAAUUAUUAAAAAUAAUAAGAAACACUUUGGUGGGCGGAGGGCAGGAAUGGCACCAUUGUGUGUGGCAACCACAACCUAGGUUUUUCAGCUGCCAUUUGGUGAUGAGCCUAUAUAUCUGAGUGUCUAACACGGCGUGUAACCCACCCAGGGGAACCACAUGGCACAUACCUGUCAACUGUCUGGGACAUCCUCUUUUGGGGGACAAUCACAGCACGCCCAAACAUGCAAAAUCGCAGCCAGACAUGCAUCUUGUGCGAGAUCGCGGUGCCCAAAAACCACAUGUGUUAUAUGACUAAGGCAGGCAUGCGGUCUGGAAAACGCACAGCCUAGUAUUGCACUGGGACAGGUUGGCAGGAAUGGUGGCACCAUUCACAUAACAAAAACUACCAACAUUUUCAAAAGCAGGGGGGAUCCGUGGCUUGGCUUUUGGAAAACGGGGUUCGCAGUACAAAACUCAUUGGGAACCACUGUUCUGUGACAUCCGUCUCCUGCCCCACAACAGAAAUCUAAUGAGAAUGCUUUGCUCAUCUGUUUGUGGAAUUAUCCUGAACCACUUCUCUUGACGGAAGGUUGGAAGAGAGAUAUGGAUGGUGGGUUCAGAGCCAUCACGUUGCCCAAAUUUAUGCCCUUCCUCCUGUUAGGGAAGGAACAAUAACUUGGCGUUAGAGCACUCAUUUUGCAUCUGUUUGUCGGCCACUUGUGACCAUGUAAAGAUGCCUGGGUGUCAGGAUGGGCCUGACAUCUCCACCAUCUGGAGGUGAUCCUUGGAUCUUUACUGUUUUUACACACCAAUACCUCAUCCUGUGGCAGGGACGCGGGUGGCGCUGUGCGUUAAACCACAGAGCCUAGGACUUGCCGGUCGGAAGGUCGGCAGUUCGAAUCCCCGCGACGGGGUGAGCUCCUGUUGCUCUGUCCCUGCUCCUGCCAAUCUAGCAGUUUGAAAGCACGUCCAAGUGCAAGUAGAUAAAUAGGUACCGCUCUGGCGGGAAGGCAAACGGCGUUUCCGUGCGCUGCUCUGGUUCGCCAGAAGCGGCUUAGUCAUGCUGGCCACAUGACCCGGAAGCUGUCUGUGGACCAACGGCGGCUCCCUCGGCCAAUAAAGCAAGAUGAGCGCUGCAACCCCAGAGUCGGUCACGACUGGACCUAAUGGUCAGGGGUUCCUUUACCUUUACCUAACCUCAUCCUGUAGAAGUUAUGUUUUAUCUGCACAGUCAGAAUGAAUUUCAGGAACCAAGAAGCUUUUCCUGUGCAGCCUAAACAGGAGCAGUGAACAACAUUAUAGUUAAUUGUUCUCGCUUGUCUUCACUUACCCCCAUCCUACUGCCCUGCCCACAGUUGUGAAGAAUAUUCUUAGGUUAUGAAUGAUCUGUGUCACCAUUAAGAAAAAGAGGUCGGAAUAGGCCAAUAUCUAUGAGGACUGUCCCUGGAUCAAGUGACUUUUCUUCUUUAAGUUCUCAAAAUUCUUAACUUAGCUCAAGGUUGUCGUCUGAACAGAUGUUUAGCUGAGAAUCCAUCACAGUCAGUCCACCAUUUGAAAAAUAAGACUUUAGAGCCAUCUUGCCCCAAAAUGGCAACUAGACAUCCAGUUUUGGUGACUGAAACCUUAGUUUAAGGCUCCUAGCUUUUAUAUCGUGAGUUUCUUAAAACUGUUUCCCCUCUCCUGCCUCCUCCCACCCCACCUCCAACUUCCAAAUUUCUUCCAGUAGCACCUUAGAGACCAACUAAGUUUGUUGUUGGUAUGAGCUUUUGUGUGCAUGCACACUUCUUCAGAUACACAGAUUCCAAAUUUCUAAAAUCAGAGCCUUAGUUUCAUGCAUAGGUAAAGGUUAAGAGAACCCUGACCAUUAGGUCCAGUCAUGGCCGACUCUGGGGUUGCGGCGCUCAUCUUGCUUUAUUGGCCAAGGGAGCCAGUGUAUAGCUUCUGGGUCAUGUGGCCAGCAUGACUAAGCUGCUUCUGCCGAACCAGAGCAGCGCACAGAAACGCCGUUUACCUUCCUGCCGGAGCAGUACCUAUAUAUGUACUUUCACUUUGACGCGCUUUCGAACUGCUAGGUUGGCAGGAGCAGGGACCGAGCAACGGGAGCUCACCCCGUCACGGGGAUUCAAACCGUCGACCUUCUGAUCGGCAAGUCCUAGGCUCUGUGGUUUAACCCACAGCACCACCCGCAUCCCUGGUUUCAUGCAUACAUCAGUCCAAAAACUGACCUGCAAACAGCGUCUAGUCGAUACAGAUUCAUAUUGAAAAGUACUAAGCAUCAUUUUCUGCAUAAGUAGAAAUUGUGACAAUUAGGAGUUUGGUCACUUUAUCUUGUGUAUUAACCAUUUGGUGGCGGUAGAGGAGUAAGGCUUUAGAAUAAAAAUUGGUGACUGGUUCUUGCAACCAAACCUGCAAAUGUUAUGAACGCACAGGGUAUUUUUUUUACUUUACUGUUCUGAUUCCUAUAUGUACUUAGCCUGGAGCAUAUGUGAAGAAGGCGUUUGCAGGAUGUUGAGCGGUACAACAGUGUGGUUUGGGGGAAAUGCCCUAAAUCAGUGUUUCUCAAAUUUGGGGUCUCCAGCUGUUUUUGGACUACAACUCCCAUCACCCCUAGCUAGCAAGAGCAGUGGUCAGGGAUGAUGGGAAUUGUAGUCCAAAAGGAGAAGAAGACCCAAGUUUGGGAAACAUGGCCCUAAAUUAUUUAUUUAGUCCAAGGACUACGUUACUUUCUAAGCAAACUUGCCAGCAGGGGCUUGGGCCAGACCAAAAGUAGGGGGAAGUAAUUAAUGUAAGAUUUCUCCUUGUGCACAAGGCUGGUUUCUACACCCACUCGCACACUGCUCACUAUCGGCUGUCCUGGCAACCCAAGAGGUCUUAUCAUUGUGUCAAGGACAGAUUCCAGCCAGACAAAGCAUUCAAGGAGGAUGCAGAGCAUAACAGAGCCGUUGCUUAAUGGUAGAACACAUCAUUUGCACUGGGUCAGUCUGCAGCAUCUCCAGGUAGGACUGGGAAGGACUAUGUGUCUGAAAUCUUAGAGAGCUGCUGCCAGUCAGUGCAGACAAUACUGGCCUAAAUGGCCCAUUGAUCUGGACUCUGCAUAAGGCAGCUUUCUGUGCUGCUAAUAUUAAUAAAACAGUAGCUAAAGAGUUGGAUCUGGACUUACGAGUACUGAUGAGAGAAAUAAUCUAUGCCUGGAUUUUUAUUUCAAUGAGUUCACAUUCUAUGUCCUUUUAAAUGUGUUUGUGUGAGGAGGGGUUAUUGGUUUGGUUGGUUUUUGUUUGUGUUUUGUAUUUUUAUGCUGCAAACCGCCCUGAGAUCUUCGGACUAAGUUCGGUAUACAGUUGUACCUUGGAUCUCGAAUGUCUCAGCUCCCGAAUGAUCAAAACCCAGAAGUGAGUGUUCCGGUUUCCAAACGUUUUUCUGGAAGCUGAACAUCCGACAGGGCUUCCAAUUAGCUGCAGGAGCUUCCUGCAGCCAAUCAGAAGCCGUACUUUGGUUUCCAAACAUUUUGGAAGUUGAAUGGGCUUCCGGAAUGGAUUCCGAGGUACGACUGUACAAAUGUAAUAAAUAAAUUAAAUAAAAAUACAUUAGGCAUACUUGGAGGUAGGUCUGUUGAAAUCAAGGGGGCGUUAGUCUACGGUUACCAGAUUUUUUUCAAUGAAUCCGGGGACACUUUUCAACUUCAAUAGAUUUUGCAUGGGGGCUGAUCUGUAAAUCCAGGGACUGUCCCUGGGAAACAGGAACAUCUGGUAACCUUACAUUAGUCCUGUUGAGUCAUCCCUGAAGCCCCAUUCAUUUCAGUGGGUCUGCUCUAAGUAUGGCCACGUUGGGCUCCAAUGCAAAAUCCAUAAAACAAAUACAACAAAUUGUAAUGCUAGGGAUGAACCGAAAUGGAUUGAAAGGGUCAGCAGGAAGAUAUAAUUCCAGAGGUGCAAGGGCAUUUGGUUUCACACAACGGAAGCAAUGCAUUUUAAAAUCUUUCUUUCUUUCUUUCUUUCUUUCUAAAUGCAGGUGGUAGACGCCGAAGUUAAGAAGCUGCUGCUUGUCCUUUUAUCCUUUGCACUGCAAGUCGCCGUCUUGCCUUGUUGCACUACAGAGAUGCUGCUAACGGGCUGAAUAAUGCUGAGAACCUGCCAUGUGAUGACAGAGAACCAAAAGCCAUUAUCGUAACACAAUCCUCCAGGAAGCUUGACUCGGAGCGGGAGCCGCGUCAACUCAAACCUGCCAAGUCUCUUUGCCGCAGCAGAAUGGCAAGUAAACGGAAAUCCACUACGCCCUGCAUGGUCUUAGCGAGUGAGACAGACCCAGACUUGGAGGUGGUCUCUGACGUGGAGGAAGGACCGGCUGCGAUCACGCCAGUGGGGAGCGUCUCGAGUGACGAAGACUCUCAAGAAUAUGCGGACUCGGACAAUCAGCCAAAAAAAAAAGUCGAAGGGGGUUAUGAAUGCAAGUACUGUACGUUCCAGACUCCAGAUCUCAAUAUGUUUACUUUCCACGUGGAUUCUGAGCACCCGACCAUCGUACUGAGCUCCUCCUACGUCUGUCUAGAGUGCAAAUUCGUCACCAAGAGGUAUGACGCCCUUUCGGAACACAAUAUGAAAUACCACCCCGGAGAGGAGAACUUUAAGCUCACCAUGGUGAAGCGUAACAACCAGACCAUCUUUGAGCAGACAGUGAACGAUCUCACUUUCGAUGGGAGUUUUGUCCAGGAGGAGAAAGCGGAGGAGUCGGAAGCUUCCGAGGGCCAUCUGUCGGGCAUCUCGAUCAGCAAAACCCCAAUUAUGAAAAGGAUGAAGAAUAAGAACGAAUCAAAGCGGAUCGCCGUGUUCCACAACGCAGCGGAGGAUGGUGCCGCGGAGGAGAAAGACGCCGAUUCGGACCCGGAGUGUGAGGAAAUCGUAGAGAAACCGGCUCCUGCCGUUUUGGACCCCAGCCCAAGUAAUUCACUGGCAGCAGAAACCAUUAGCACGGUUGUGAACCCCACCACAGUGAUCCAGCCUGCGCAGGUGAUUACUACCAUCACGUCUCCGCAGAACUCAAACUUGAUUUCUAAAGUCUUGAUCCCUAUCAAUAGCAUUCCGACCUAUAACACUGCUUUAGAUAACAACCCCCUCUUGCUCAACACCUACAACAAGUUCCCGUACCCAACCGUGUCUGAAAUCGCACUUCUAGCCACGCAAGCGAAAUACACCGAGGAGCAGAUCAAAAUCUGGUUCUCUGCCCAGCGCCUGAAGCACGGCGUCAGCUGGACGCCGGAGGAGGUGGAGGAAGCAAGGAGGAAGCAGUUCAAUGGCACCGUGCACACUGUCCCUCAGACCAUUACGGUCAUCCCAGCACACAUUUCGGCAGCCGGCAACGGCCUGCCGUCCAUUCUGCAGACCUGCCAAAUAGUUGGCCAGCCAGGCCUGGUGCUCACGCAAGUCACGGGCGCCGGCACGCUUCCGGUGACUGCCCCGAUCGCGUUGACGGUGGCCGGAGUCCCGAACCCGGCCCAGUUGCAGAAAGCGCAGGUGCAAGCGACUCAGCCCGUUACCGAAACCAAGCAGGUGGCUGCCAUCCCGGCCCCUCAGCUUACCAAAUCGGAGGUGGUGGCGGCGGCAAACGUGGACGUGGUCGGGGGACGUACGAAGAAGACCAAGGAGCAGCUGACGGCGCUGAAGAUCAGCUACCUGAAAAGCCACUUCCCUCUCGAUUCCGAGAUCAUUCGGCUCAUGAAAGCGACGGGCCUGACCAAAGGGGAGAUCAAGAAGUGGUUCAGUGACACCCGGUACAACCAGAGGAACUCGAAGCACAACCACUAUAACCAUCUCAACAACGACUCCUGCACCAUUGUGAUUGACUCGAGCGACGAGACGAACGAGCCCUCAGCGCUGGUGCAGCCGCAGCAGAAACAGUCGUGGAAUGCCUCUGACCUCAGCCCCCAGAAAUUUAAGGAGAAGACUGCCGAGCAGCUUCAGGUCCUCCAAGACAGUUUCCACAACAACCCUGCUCUUACAGAUGAUGAACUGAACAGGAUACGGUCGGAGACCAAGCUGACCAGGCGGGAGAUUGACGCUUGGUUUUCGGAACAGAAGAAACCUAACGUUCCGCAGGACGAAAGCGAGGAAUUGGCCGAAAGUAAUUCAGGAAGCUUGAAGGAAGCAUCUGCUGAGGCAUGUGGUGCAGAAGGAGCUGGAGCCCAGAAGUCGGGGAAGCUGUCUAAGAAGUCGCCGGAACAACUGCACAUGCUCAAAAUGUCCUUCGUCCGGACGCAGUGGCCAUCCGCGGAAGAAUACGACAAGUUGGCAGAAGAGACCAAGCUCCCCCGGACAGAAAUUGUUAGCUGGUUUGGAGACACGCGUUACGCCUGGAAAAAUGGCGGCUUGAAAUGGUACUACUACUACCAAGGGGCCAACGCAAGUGGUAUGAAUGGCCAAGGCUAUUCGAGGCGGAGGGGGAGAGGACGGCCAAAAGGCAGAGGGAGGGGAAGGCCCCGUGGGCGGCCGAGGGCCAACAAACGGAUCAGGCCUUGGGACAGGACGCCGAUCAUCAAAUUUAAAACUGGAAAAGCCAUCCUGAAGGAUUAUUACCUGAAACACAAAUUCCUUAACGAGCAGGACCUUGACGAGCUGGUGGCCAAAUCGCACAUGGGAUACGAGCAGGUCAGGGAGUGGUUUGCGGAAAAGCAGAGGAGAGCCGACUUAGGCCUUGAGUUGUUUGAGGAGGAAGAUGACGAGGAGGAGACAUUGGAAGAGCAGGACGACGAAGACGAAGGUGAGGCUGAGGAGGACGAAGAAACAGACGACAGCGACAACUGGGAGCCUCCUCGACACGUUCGACGUAAGCUCUCAAAAUCGGACUGAGGUUCCAGUUCUUUGGUCGUGGGACGUGGCUGUGUGGUGCCAAAUGAUUGACGCUGUCCCUCCAGUCCUGGUGGCCCCUAUAGAUUCCCUCCACUUUUGGAAGGGGGGAAAUGAGUCAUUGACUCCUGUAGCAAUCGCCUAUUUGCUCCUUGGUUGGCUGAAGUGAACAAGCAGUUCCGGGAUUUGGAAUUUACAAAUUUGGCUCUCCUCCACAUCUCUGCUGGCGAGGCUGCACCACAUAAGGGACUGUUGGUUUAAUGGCCUUAUGUUUGAUUCCAAAAAUCCUUUAAGGGUGCAGAUGAUUUUUUUAAAAAAUAAAAUAAAAUAAAGAAUCCUCUUAACCACAGUAGGAAAAUUAACUGCAAAACGAUGUUUGAAAAACGUGCUUCGUGUUGCAAAACUGCAUGUCUAUUUUCCUUCCUCUGAGCAGAAGGACAACUUUAUUUUAUUUUCCAGAGAAAAACAAGAUGGGUUGGGGGUAAAGGAUACCAAAGGGCAAAUAGCAGCAAAAGCCUGUGAGGAUGGCUUGCAGUUUUUGUGUGUUUUCUUAGGACAAUAGAGGAAAAGGAGUACCUUUGUUACAUCCGAAGCCUGUGUGCUAGGUUUACAGAAGUCCUAUUGAAUGUGUCUCUCUAGCUGUGUUCAGGGAGCUUGGGUUGGAAAUAUGCUUUUAUAUUAAAACUAAUCAGUGUAUAUCAUAUUUAAAUACUAGAUACGAUUAAUGCAGCCAAUACCAAAACUUGUC